UGCUUUCCAGUGGUUUUCUCGAGUCCCGCAAAUUGAGUCUCCUCUCCAUGGCGUGCACCACCCAGUCCAUGAUCUCAGCUAACAGCUGCGUGUUCCCAUCUCAGAGGUUCUUAGGGAGGAAUCCACAGAGGGCAAAGUGCGGAAGCACCAGGAUCUUAUUCUCUGCCACGGCUUCUUCCUCCGGCCCCGACGAAUCUGAUUGCAACGACGAAGAGUGUGCUCCUGAUAAGGAGGUCGGAAAGGUCAGCGUCGAUUGGUUAGCUGCUGAGAGAACAAAGGUGGUCGGAACAUUCCCACCUCGAAACAGGGGCUGGACUGGUUAUGUAGAGAAAGAUACUGCUGGACAAACAAACAUUUACUCUGUGGAGCCAGCAGUUUAUGUCGCAGAUAGUGCGAUAAGCUCUGGGACUGCCGGAACUUCACCUGAUGGAGCUGGGAAUACUCUAGCCGUAACUGGUGUUUUAGCACUUGUUUCGAUCGCUGCAGCCUCUACCAUACUUAUUCAAGUUGGUAAAAAUCAGCCACCAGUGCCGACUGUUGAUUAUUCUGGACCACCUCUCGGUUACUACAUCAACAAGUUCAAAUCAGUGCCGAUAGUUGAAGCUUCAGUACGACCAGCACCUCAAACCUCUUCCACCGUCGAAGCUUCAGUUCCUCUUGAAUUUUCAAGUUUUUCAUCUGUAGAAGCUUCAAUCACACCCCAGUCACAAAUAGCUAAUGCACAAGAAGCUAGGAAACAAGAGGUUGUUCCUGAAGUUCAAGUUGGAUUAAGAGAGGCUGUUGUCGAUGCUCGAAGUAUGAGUGCAAGCAUUGUUUCUUAAAUGAUGUUUGACUUGAUUUGCGAGUAGUUCCUGUAGGAAUUACAAUUGUUUUUGCUGUGAUUUAUAGCCUAAUUCUGUUGAUCAAUAUGAGAUGAUGCUUAUCUUUCAAACCAUAAGUAACAAUUUGCAAUUAUUUGUCAUGUUGACAAAUAUGCUAACCUUUAUUAA